UUUCAACAAGCAUAAUUCCAUAGCACAUUAGCAUCCUUCUCCCCCAAAUUUAACCCCACUAUUACAUCUUCUCGCCAACUCACGCACAACCUUAACACCAAUAAAUAACCCUGAUUAAAACUCCCUCUCCCUCUCCUUGUCCCUCCAUCUUUCUCUCUCAAAACCAGCAAUCUCUCUCCCUCGCCCCGCCGGGAAAAACCCCAUUUUCCGGUGGCGGGAAGGAUAUUUGACCGUUAGGUUUCAUUGGGGCUCCGUUACUUUUUAUUUGCUGACUUUUCAAAUAUUUAAAAGUUAGUUAUAAUGACGACCGUGGCUUCUCCAAGGAAAUCAUCAUUUACAGAGGUUUUACAAAGAGUUUAUGGGAAUCUUGGGUCCUUUAGUAGUAGUAGCAAUAGCAGCAAUGGCUUUUAUAGUAAUAAUCUACAAAAGCAUAAGUGUCAUGUUCAUGAGAGUGAAGAUGAUUUUGAAGAUGAAGAUGGGACCGUGGAGCUUGUUCAGAUUGGUGCUGAAAGAACCAAGAACGUUUUGAUCCUUAUGAGCGAUACAGGUGGUGGUCAUCGUGCUUCUGCUGAAGCCAUUCGUGAAGCUUUCAAGCUUGAAUAUGGUGAUGAAUACAACAUAAUCGUGAAGGAUGUUUGGAAAGAGUACACAGGCUGGCCAUUGAAUGAUAUGGAGAGGCAAUACAAAUUCAUGGUGAAACAUGUACAGCUAUGGAAGGUGGCAUUUCACAGCACUUCUCCCAGAUGGAUACACUCCUGCUAUCUUGCCGCAAUCGCUGCCUACUAUGCCAAGGAGGUUGAGGCUGGUCUAAUGGAGUACAAGCCAGAUAUAAUUAUCAGUGUUCAUCCCUUGAUGCAGCAUAUUCCCCUGUGGGUUCUGAAAUGGCAAGGCUUACAAAAGAAAGUGAUUUUUGUUACAGUCAUCACCGACCUCAAUAGCUGCCAUCCUACAUGGUUUCAUCCUGGGGUGAAUAGAUGUUACUGCCCAUCAAAGGAGGUAGCUAAGAGGGCUGCACUAGAUGGGCUAGAAGAUUCUCAAAUCCGUGUUUUUGGCUUGCCCAUCCGACCAUCUUUUGCUCUUGCAGUUCUUUCCAAGGAUGAGUUAAGAGAAGAGCUUGAACUGGACCCUGAUUUGCCUGCAGUUUUACUGAUGGGAGGUGGUGAAGGUAUGGGGCCUGUUAAGAAAACAGCGUUGGCUCUCGGAGAAUCACUGUUUGAUAAAGAACUUGGGGAACCACUUGGGCAAUUAAUCAUCAUUUGUGGCCGUAAUGAGGUUCUCAAAUCAACCUUGGAGUCUCAUGAAUGGACAAUCCCAGUUAAGGUUAGAGGAUUUGAGACACAGAUGGAGAAAUGGAUGGGAGCUUGUGACUGCAUAAUUACGAAAGCUGGACCUGGCACAAUCGCAGAAGCAUUGAUUAGAGGGCUUCCUAUUAUUCUCAAUGACUACAUUCCUGGACAAGAAAAGGGCAAUGUGCCUUACGUUGUAGACAAUGGGGCUGGUGUCUUCACCAGAAGUCCUAAAGAAACAGCGAGAAUCGUUAAAGAAUGGUUUAGCACGAAAACAGAUGAGCGUAAAAGGAUGUCAGAAAAUGCACUCAAACUAGCCCAACCGAAGGCCGUAUUUGACAUCGUGAAGGACAUUCACGAACUUGCGCAAGCACGCGGUCCUCUUGCGAAUAUCCCUUACAUAUUGACAUCAUCAUUCUCAAGCUUAUUCUGAUCAAUGAAACCUUACAUCAUCCAAAGCGCAUUAUCAACUGAUCAGACCAAGGUGUGUCAGCGCUAGAAUGAAAUGUACAGCUAGUUCUAGUAGUAUCAUUCUUUGUCCUCAGGGACCUUUGAACACCAAGAAUAGGGUCGUGAAUUGCUCUAAGUUAGUCAGUAAAGGUUGUUUUUCUAUUGGGAUAUUCUUUUGGGAGGAGUUAGUUAGAGGUCUGGUAAGAGUUGAUUGUGUUCCAACAUUCUUGUCUUGUUAUUGCAGUUUUCUAGUUUUCAGGAUUUGUAAGUUAUUUCACUUUGGGGUGUUUAGUUUAACACUUGGCAUUAAUGAUUCCUUGAAAUCAAA